AUGGCAGCAACAGGGAAACUAGCUGUGACAACCUUGGAGUUCGAGAGGAAGCAGAAGGGAUGGUUUUGGUUCCGGAAAUGGGAUUUGGAAGACGUGUCUAGCAUUUGCUGGUUUACCGGGAUUCAUGUGUUGGCUGCAUGCGCACCUUUCGUGUUUCAUCGGGGUGCAAUCAGAUUAUGUGUGGCCUUUGCUUUAUUGAGCGCCUUUGGUAUGACUCUAGGUUAUCAUAGACUUCUUUGUCACCGAAGUUUCAAGAUCCCAAAAUGGCUCGAGUAUUUCUUCGUUUAUUGUGGUUCUCACGCUUUCCAGAGAGAUCCAAUGUUCUAUGUGAACACUCACAAGAACCACCACAAGUAUACCGAUACGAAUAGGGAUCCUGUUACCCCAACUGACGGUUUUUGGUUUUGUAAUAUGGGUUGGCUUUUCAACAAUGACCACAUUGCAACGAAGUGUGGAGAAUCAAGGGGUGGAGAAUACUCGAAAGUACCAGAACUAAAAGCACAGUGGUUUUAUAGGUUUCUUCAUGAUACUUACUUUUGGCAUCCAACUGCACUUGCAGCCCUACUAUAUCUCCGGGGAGGCUUUCCUUACUUGGCUUGGGCAAUGGGAAUGCGAGCAGUGGUGAUUCACCAUUUUGCGGCACUAGCAGGCUAUGUCAGCCAUAAAUGGGGGGAGAGGCCGUGGAACACCCCAGAUACUUCCACCAAUAAAUGGUGGGUGGCAGUGUUGACACUUGGAGAGGGUUGGCAUAACAAUCACCACGCUUUCCCGAGAUCUGCUCGACAUGGAUUGGAAUGGUGGCAAUUUGACCCGACGUGGCUGUUGAUCAAGUUUCUUCGGCUGCUUGGAUUAGCAACGAACGUCAAGUUACCAACGGAGGCACAGAAAGGAAGAAUACCUCAUAACGUUGGAUCAACUUAG